CAACUAGGCAACCACCACUCACCAGUCAGUGCCUUCCCAGUUCCAUCACAGUUGUCAUUCUUUUUCUCUCUGGAAAAUUCGAGGAACCUGAACCAACACCUGAUACCGGACAUUAUUGCCCGAAGACACUCUUCAGCUCCGUAUUCGCACCGUUUCCGGUAUGGGAGUGCCAAGCGACGACGCUGUUGUGGUACAGAAAGGGAACAAGCCAGGAGAGCCUCACGUCAUCACCGUUAAUUGCCCUGAUAAGACCGGCCUUGGAUGCGAUAUCUGCAGCAUUAUUCUUGAUUUCGGGCUUUAUAUAACAAAAGCAGAUGUUUCGACUGAUGGGAUAUGGUGCUACAUAGUGUUAUGGGUGGUUCCUUAUUCAAGUUCAAUCAUCGUGAGAUGGUCGAGUUUGAAAAACCGUCUUCAAUCUGUUUGUCCAUCAUGUACAGUGACAUUCUACUUGGACCACCAGCCUACCCACACCUCAUCUUCUCCAGUUUACUUAUUGAAAUUUUUUUGCCUUGACCGAAAAGGAUUAUUACAUGAUGUUACUCAAGUUCUCUGUGAGCUUGAGCUUAGAAUUCAAAGGGUUAAAGUGACAACAACCCCAGAUGAUAGAGUCCUUGAUCUGUUCUUCAUCACAGAUAACAAGGAGCUUCUGCACACAAAGAAACGACAAGAUGAGGCAUGUGAACAAUUGCAUGCGGUGUUAGGUGAAUCAUGUAUCAAUUGUGAACUGUCUUUGGCUGGGCCCGCCUAUGACUGCCAUCAAAUUAUCCCGUCUAUUUCUGCUGGUGUAGCUGAAGAGUUAUUUAGGUCAGAGCUGUCAGAUAAAGAAAUUCGUUCGCAAGCCCUUAGCCCAGAUAUGACAAAAUUGAAAAAAGCUGAUGUAGCAACUGACAAUUCAUUGAGCCCAGCUCAUACACUGCUUCAGAUAAAUUGUGUUGAUCACAAGGGUCUCCUUUAUGACAUAAUGAGAACAUUGAAAGACUGCAAUAUUCAGAUAGCAUAUGGUCGACUCUCACCAAAUGCCAGUGGCUAUCGUGAUAUAGACCUGUUUAUUCAGCAGAAGGAUGGGAAAAAGAUAGUUGAUCCUGAGAAACAAAGUGCACUCUGUUCCCGAGUGAAGAUGGAAAUGCUUCACCCUUUGCGUGUUGUCAUUGCAGAUAGAGGGCCAGAUACGGAAUUGUUGGUAGCCAAUCCUGUUGAGUUAUCUGGAAAAGGAAGGCCCCGUGUUUUUUAUGACAUUACCCUUGCUUUAAAAACUCUCGGAAUCUGCAUAUUUUCGGCUGAAAUAGGAAGAUAUUCAACGACAGAUCGUGAAUGGGAGGUCUACAGAUUUCUUUUGGACGAGAACUGCGAGUUUCAGCUAUCACAUAUGGUGGCUAGAAAUCAGAUUGUUGAUAGAGUUAGAAGGACUUUGAUGGGGUGGUGAGUCGCAUCAUUUUCUUUGUGCUUGUGGAAAGUAUGAGUUGAAAGUCGCCUUCACAUGUUCUGUCUACUGCAUUUUAUUUUCUGCUCCGAAUCUCUCUUACCAUUUCUCCAGUGCUGUCUGAACUCAGAGUCUACUAUGUACAUAUUCAUAGCGUGGAUCUCUAUAUUAAGUUGAACGACUUUUGUAUCAAAUUAGAAUAAAAGAACAUACCUCUAGUUUAACUGGUUUUCAAGUGCUUUGGGUUUGAACCCGUCCCAUGAAGACGGUGAUGAGGAUCCUACCAGUUUAACUAAUUGGUGACCCCAAUGACUAUGACAUUGUAUCAAUCGAAGAUAAUAAUCUGUUUCUGUAAUAUUGUCGUCUCUGAUAUUGGAGAUGUUCUUCUUAUA